CGCAGAAAACUUGCAUUUAGCAGUCGAUUUUAUCAGCGUUUCAAACUCAAAACGGCUAAUCACGUUUAUAAGCGUUUGCGUCUGGAAUUUUUUUUUAACUCUUUCAGUUCCCGAUGCUGUCCAGAGCCUAGUUUCAUCAUGAAAAAUGCAUGCAAAGCGUUUUAAAGGUACUCAGAUGGACAAAACACUGAAAACAUGAUGUUCCUACCAAGCUUAUCACACAUUGAAUGACCACUUAACACCUCAGACCUCUCACACCCUUGGAAACAAAAGAUAUGGUAAUUACCAUUCACACCUCAAAUUCCUCAUGA